CCAGUGUCGACGCCGCCUUCGACUCGUUCGGAUAUGCUUACGCGGUGCCGGUGCGUUGUAACCGCGUGGUGUAUGCGAGCCUUCCAGUAGACAUUCAGGAAAAGUAACGAGAAAUAAGGAAACAAGGACCUUCGGGAUUUCAUUCCACGGCAGGCCCUGCGAAGCAAUUUUGCUCCUCCGAGGUGCAGCACCCGGAGAUUAUCAGUCCCAAUGAUGAAAUUACUGGCUGGCGUGGAGGAGGUGAGCAACGAAAGUUCCGCUGAAUCCUCAAAUGGCCACUCUCUCAAUGGAAACUCUCACCAGAAGCAAGUCUCCCAACUGGGACAAGAAAACACCAGGCCACUUAUUGUCAAGAAGCAGCAUGAGUGCUCGAAGGAAUUCCCAAGCUCGCAGGACAAGAAAGAAAUUACCUUGGAAGAGGAAGAAAAAAUGAGGAGAUUACUUCCGUAUCAAGACGCUCCUGAGUAUCUUCAAUUCAAUCCUUAUAUUCGUAAUGGCUACCGGGGAUACCUGUCAACGAAAUUAUGCAUAGAAAGUAUUUUCUGGUGGACCAACGAAACAAUUAACAUCUGGAGUCAUAUUUUCGGAUGGAUGUUGUUCCUCGGAUUGACAUUGUACGAUCUUUGCUUGUUGAACAUCCACGCACCUUUUGGGGACAAAAUGCUCGUUGCACUCCUGCUAAUCUGCUUCCAAGCGUGCAUGAUCCUGUCUUCUUUAUAUCACACGUUCUCUUGCCGAAGCGAGAAGGACUAUUGGUGCUACUUGUCGUUCGACUUGUUCGGCAUUGCUCUCAGUCUUCUAGCGAUUUACAUGUCCGGAGUUUAUUAUGCCUUCUGGUGUCAUAAAGAGCUUCAGCAGUUCUACUUGAUAACCGUGCUGCUGAUAUUCAUAAUAGCAAUGAUACUCCAAAUUCCGAAAUUGAACGUCAACGGGAACGUUAAAUUAAUCGUUUUCGUUAGUUGGGCAGCAUACGGAGUUCUGCCUACACUUCACUGGACUCUUGCCAUGGGUGGGUUUGAAAACCCAAUGGUUAGACUGUUACUUCCCAGAGUGUUGGGGAUGUACGCCAUCAGUGGCGGAGCUUUCCUCAUUUACCUGAGCAAAAUUCCGGAACGCUUCUUCCCAGGUUUAGUGGACUACGUUGGCUCCUCCCAUCAGUGGUGGCAUGCACUAGUUGUUCUAGCUCUCUAUUAUUGGCACAACACCGGUAUGCUCUACGUGGAGUACAGGAUGAACCAUGGGUGUCCAAGCAAUAUGAGAUUGUAAAAGAUAAACGUCCAAUGUUCUAUCAGUUCCUCGACCCAAGGUAAUUUGAGCCUUGUAGGAGGAGUUUGAUCAUGGCACAAUGGUGGCUCCUGGUAGCGUAGGGAAUCACCGAUAUAUCGACAGAAUUCUCACCGGAGACAGAAUUCAGUGAAACUGUCGUCAAGCAGUCGAAAACCUCCAACGUUUUUCUACGACAUUAUGACCGAAAUGGGAAGUCGUCGAGAGUCGCUGCGAGGCCUCUUACUUUCUACCUAUUUGAUAGAAAGUAACAGGGUCAUGUUAAGAAGAGGGGGAAAGAGGAAUCCUCGAUCCAGCCACUCCAUCUGGAAGCUUUGCGUUCUAAAAAACAAAGCGGCCUUUGGAUCUUUUCGGUCUCAUUCCGUGACUUUGCCUGGGGCACGGUUCUACCUUUGCACUGCCCUAGAAAGUAGGUUUCCUGGACUAGGUGGAACAAAAAGAGAUUCUGUGAGAUCGUUACCUGGUGGGUAGAAAAAUUCCUCAACCAGUGCCCGAGGUACGGUUGUUGCGAUUUAGGUCGUUUACCGCUUCUGCGACCAGUCAUCGGCAUAGCUGAGGAAUGGAAGGAAGUUUUAAUGUAACUCGUUUCUAGGUCUCUUUUGUAACGCUUGUAAAGCUAUAUUAAAGUUAUUCGUUCCACACCUCGUUUUCGUGUGCGCUAUCCAAGCGGAUGAUCUGUAUGUGUAGAUUUCCUCGUACAUAAACGGGCGAUACAUGAAGGAUGAAAGCUGCUCCCGAUAAACUUUUUCGCAGCGUUUGAAGAGGGGAUUUGUUUUUGUUAUUGAUAUGCGUAACAGUAUUUUAUUUUAUAAUAGAUUCAUUUUGUUUUAUAGAAUUUUUGUGAAAUGUACGUAUGCGCAUGUUAAGCAUCCACGUUAAGUUGCGUUUAAAAAUUAUACAAUAUUGAUAUUCUGUUACAA